CAUCAGACCGUAUACCGAGAUACAGUACGGACUGUCUUGACGAAACCCCCCCGGACUUUAAGAACCGAAAACCGUCGAGAUUAGUGAACAGCAACCGACAAGAACGAAAGACUUGAUUCUCGCUGGAGCUGUGAUAUAUACUGUUCAUUUACACCCUGGACGAACGGCAUAUCAUCCUAUACAGAGGAAGACCCCCUUGCUGCAGACCUGAGGUCAACUACACCUAAGAAAUGUUGUGUUAAAGAAAAGCAUAUGCAGGUGGAUCCAACUCCAAUGAAUGUAGGGGAUGGAGGCACGGUGACCCGAGAGAUCGGUGCUCCGAUUAAAGCGUCUGCGAGCAUGGUAGGGAAUCGCCCUCAGACGCUGCCCCAGGAGCUCAGAGGAGAUGUGCCCCUCAGUCAGCCAAACAAGACCACCACAGCAACAGACUGUAAAACGCCGGUCAACGUCUGUUCAGACCCUAGCAACUUCAACCAUUGCCCAGUGGUCCAUCCUCCGCAAGAACACAACAAUGCUCCAACGUCAGGCCCUCCCCUCAUUAGCUCUGACAAGAGAGCAGACAAGAGGUCAGAGGUCCCUAAACCCAAGGCUGAUGGUGCUGGGGUCGUUCCCAUACAUCAGUGGCCGUGUGGUACAAAGAACAGCCCUGGUGACCCAGUUAACCCAAGUCACAGCAGUGUGACGUCCAAUAAAAAACCACAUACUCAGACCCAGCCAGUGAUUGGUCUUCCAGCUGGGUUUCAGUGCUCAACACUAUUUAAACCAGGCCAGCCUGUUGCUUUUCUUCCCUCCACUAACUUUUCAUCUCCACUCUGCAAAAUCACUCUUCCACCCGCGUUGGGUCAGAUCGCAGCAUUGCGAGAAGCCACAGCCAGCCAGUUUCAGAAGGGGAGUCAACCACAAAGCGCAGCUGCUGGCAUGGCACCACUGCUGCGGACCUAUCCAUAUCACUUCUCAGUGGGUCGAAGUCCAGCACCUGAAAAGAAAACACCCACUGCAACACCCAAACUCAAAUGUAACUCGACGUCCAGUAGCAAGAGCUCCAAAGCUGGAGGAGAGCAUAAAUCCUCCAUCGCCUCAGUGGUGGCCUCUCCCACUAUCACUCUCCCAAUACAGCACCCAGCAUUAGCCUCUGCCCCACCAACCCGCUUCACGUUGUCUCCCACCGCUGCCAUCUGCUGUGGCCCUGCACUGGCCAGCAUCACCACUCAGGGCAGGCUGCUGAACCAUGUGGAGAAAGGCCCUCCGCACCGCAGUGCAGACAAGACAUCCGUAGGCUUUCUAAAACUGAAGGCUCCAUCUGCUGCUGAGGACCGUGUGGUUGCUUGCCCGACUGAAGCAAGGGAUGUGCCCCUUGACCUGUCCGCCAAGUCGAAGCGACCAAAAGCAGUCAAAGACCCUCCAAACAUGGUUGCCACCACAGAGCAUCUCCAUAACGAGGCAUGUCAGAAAGUUGCCCUCCAUCCAAAGAGGCCCCAUACUACAACGUAUGGCUCUGCCGUGCCAUACCCGAUCCUACCCGACACUCACAGAAAUGGGGCUUAUCAAAAGCAGAGCAGCAGGCCCCUAAAUCACCAGGGUUUGGAACCCAACUCAUCCUGGGUCAAAGGUUCCUCUCAAGGCCCCAUUAAUAACCUCCCAGGAACCUAUGUAGGUGUGGCCAGCCCCAUACUUGCUUCCACCCUACGUAGCAAAGAUGGGAAGGGGUCCUUUGAGGACGAGUUCCAGACUUUUGCUAGACAGGAGACUAUCUCUAUCAUUGACCAAGGGGAACACCUGGCCUCAAGGGGAAAGAAGGCAUUGUUCAUGACGAAGGGGAACCAGCACGUUCAUGGUAUCAAGCACCCUAACAGUACCAGCCCAGCUGUAACACAAAGCUGUCCCUUUAAGGGGGCUUUCUCCACAGCUCUGCCCGGCUCUACCAACUCACACUCUCAUCAGAAAUCUGCAAGUGUCAAAGCAGCAAUCCCAUACUCCCUCACUGUCGUCAAGCCAUUAUGGCAGCAACCACCACUUCUUCCUUACCAAGGUGCUUCUGUUCAAAGAAAGGUAAGUCAAGGGACUCACAAGGUCAAGGGGGCCACAAGUUCAGAAGGUUCCAAAUUUCAAAGCCCUUCCAGAAUGUCCCCCCUGUCCAACCUUGAGUCCAUAGUGAAGCAGAAAGCUCUAGAGACCACUGCAUUGACUGGUGAGGGAUACUGCCAUCUAUCGCCUGUGGCAUCCAGAAAGCCUGUGGUGAGCACCCACACAGUGGGCCAGGACACAUUGUUCCGUCAGACUGCUUCCUUUGGAUGUCCACCUAUCAGAUCUGUGGAGAACAAAGAGACACUUUCCUCUCAAGGGGAUUCCACACAAGUUAUGAACAAAGUUGAGAAAACAGGUGUCUCUGAGUCCAGAGAAAAGAGCUCUGAGAAACAUGUUAAACUGGGGGAGCAUGCAGGUGGCAAAGAGAUACAGGUCUUUGGAAGUAGUGGUUCAGCUAACAGAAACAGGAUGGACAGCAAAUUAGCCCAGGAGUUGGAGGGAGGAAUGGUGAAGGAGGAGAGUAAGGCUCCUGCUGGUCUGCUCCCCGUGCUAAAUUGGAGGGGAUUGCCCUAUCCAUCCUCACUGGCCAGUGUGCAGGGGUAGUCGAGGUGGAGAAGAAGACGAAUGGAACUAAAGAGGAGUCCCCCACCAAAGCAAAAGCUGCCUUCACCAAACAGAAGAAGCCCCCUAGUCCAAGGAAGCCAACAAAGGAGAAGGCAUCACCGGACCAUUCAAAGAAGGCUGUGGUGCCAGUGAAGAAAAAGCCAGGCCAGGAGACCACUCCAGUUAAGAAAGAACCACGUCCCAAAAAG